AUGAGAUCGCUGGCAGACGCGGUGCUGGAGGAUAUCGCGGCUGCUCCGGCGGCGGAGGCGGAGGAGGAUUCCGCGGAGGAGCUCCGCGCGGGAGGUUGCGCGGAGGGCGCGGAGAUGGGAACGGCGGCUGCGAGCAUCUACGCUCCUGGCCUGUGGGCCCACCUAACUGCUUCCGCUGCUACUCUGUGUGUUGCACGCCCCGUGGCGUGCGACGGAUUUCUCUUCCCGCCGCGCGCUCGGAGCGUGCGGCGGUUUUCUGCCCGCCGGGCGCCCCGAGGCGCGUGGCGGUUUUCUGCCCGCCGUGCGCCCCGGGGCGUGCGGCGGUUCUCUGCCCGCCGUGCGCCCCGAGGCGCGCGGCGGCCUUCUGCCCCGUCGGUCCGCGCGUCGCCCCCGGGGGGCGCUUCGACGGGCGACGGGGACCAGCCCGUCGUCCCCCGUCGCCCGUCCUGGCCAGCGCGGGCUGCGCUAGCCCCGAGCGCGGCCCGUACGGGCUGCGCCCGGCCCGCGCGCGGCCCGUACGGGCUGCGCCAGGCCCGCGCGCGGCUCGGGCCGCCUGCGCGCGGUUCGUCGGGCUGUGCCAGGCCCGUGGGCGGCCCGUUCCUCUCUGUCCCUGAGCUGUUCGCUGUCCCCCGUGCUUCUGACGGUGCCCCACCCCUGCUGCUGCCCGUUCUCCUGAAUUAG